AUUGCCAACUAUAGUGGAUUGGAUUUGUGCUUCUUUCAGUAACCGGCAGCGUGUGUCUACGAUACCGGUGGAUAUUAGUUAGCAUAAAAUGUCGAACACUAAAUUCAAUUUUUCAUUUUAUAUCACGUACUUUUGUUUAUUUUUCAAUCUUGUAAAUGCAAGUGCUCAGACAUCAUCAAAAAGUACCUUCGCGGAACAACUUACGGAGGAAAACUGGGAUCGUAUGCUGAUCGGAGAAUGGAUGGUGGAAUUCUAUGCUCCAUGGUGCCCUGCUUGUAAAGCACUGGAACCAAUUUGGGAACAUCUUGCUACACAAAAGGAGAAUUUAAACAUCAAUGUAGGAAAAGUUGAUGUGACUGAUUCUCCAGGACUUAGUGGAAGAUUUAUGGUUACAGCUUUGCCUACAAUAUAUCAUGUUAAAGAUGGUAUAUUUAGGCAAUAUAAAAGUCCUAGAGAUAAAGACUCAUUAAUUGAAUUUGUGUCUGAGAAAACUUGGGAAAAGAUUGAACCAAUUCCUGGCUGGAAGAGUCCAACAUCUAUUCAAAUGUCUGUGAUUGGUCAAUUUUUUCAAAUGUCACAAGUAUUACGGGGAAUACAUAAUAGACUCAUGGAAGAUUUUGGAUUACCUACUUGGGGAAGUUACUUGAUUUUUGCUAUUGCUACUAUUGUUUUAGGUGGAAUAUUGGGAUUGUUUAUUGUUUGCUUGAUCGAUUUUAUAUAUCCACCAAAACCUGUGGUGCUUCAAGACAAAAAGAAGCAAAAGGAUGGAUCAGGUGGAUUUAUGCAAGAGAAAAGUAUACAGGAUGAAGAAAUUGUUGAACAUGUUAAGGAUGAUUUAAUAGAUGAGGAAUCUGAACAAGAAGGAUCAGAAGCAGAAGAAAAAGAAAAGGAUGCAGAUAAAGAUUCAAAAACUGAACCAAGCAGUCCAAAUGUUCGUAAACGUAAGCCACGUAAAGCUGAUAUCAUUAAAGUAAAAAUGGGUAAAAAUAUUAAAAAACGAUCAGCAAGUGAGUCUGAGACCAUUGACAAAAAAAUAAAUGUAUCGGUAAAUUCGAAUAAAAAUUCGAAAAAGAAAAAAACAGUACAUGAAACUAUACAAAAUGGUCAAUUAAAUGAACAAGUAAAAAAAAAUGUACCUAAGAAGUUUAAAAAUGAAAAGAAAAAUAAUGAAUUAAGAAUUGUUCAAAAUUCUAAUAAAAAAGAAAUAAAUGAAAAUAGUGCACAAAAAAAUAAAAGGCAAACAAGUAAUUUGGAAAAAAGACAAGCUUUUCGUGAGAAACGUGCAAAAAAUAGACAUUUAAUAGGGCUUCAUUUAUCAAUUGAACAGAUAAAAAAGAAAAUUGAAUUAAUAGAAAAUCGAAAAGAAUAUUCAAGAAGCGCUAAGAGGAAAUUAGCAGUACUUAGGAAAAGAUUACUUGCACAGGGAGAGGAUGUGUCAAAAAGACAGAUAGAAAAAGGGAAAAAUGAGAAACUGAUAGAAAUUGUGAAAAAAACAAAAACUCAAAGUACUGAACAGAACAAAAGUUUGCAAAGGGAAGUAGGAGCUAAGACAAAUAGAGAGAAUAAAAAGAAAGAUGUUAAACAAAAUAAAGUACUUUUAAAGGAAAAAAGAAGAAAUGAAAAAGAUGAUGAUGAUGAUGAUGAUGAUGAUGAUAAAAAUAAAAAUAUAGAAGUGAAUGAUGAAUUGAUGAGUGAAGAUGAUGAAAGUUAUGUAGAAAAAGAUGAUGAUGAUGAUGACGAUGAUGACAAUGAUGACGACGAUGAUGACGAUGAUGACGAGGACGAGGACGAUGAUGAUGAUGAUGAUGAGGAAGAGGACGACGAUGACGAUGAUAAAGAGGAGGAGGAGGAUGAAGAUGAUGAGGAGGAGAGGAAGAAAGAUGAGGAUGAUGAUGAAAAUAAGAAUAAUGAUCAAGAUAAAAACAGUAAAAUAAAAAAUAAAAAUGUACAGAAAGAAAAAGAGGUACCUACAAAUGUAGAGAAAGAAAGCAAGAAGAAAAGAUAUGUUCUUUUUGUAGGAAAUUUAUCAUAUAAUACUACUAAUGAAGAACUUAAAAAACACUUUUUGACUAAAGUCAGUAAAGUCAUUGAUAUCAGGAUACCAAUGAGGAAAGAUACAAAUACAGGACGUGGAUUUGCUUAUGUAGAAUUGGCCAAUAGUAUAGAUUACGAGAAAGCACUUUCAUUGAACCAUUCAUUUCUUAAUAAAAGAAGAAUAAAUGUGCAAUAUUCUGGAGUUGAUAAAAGAGUAGGUGUUGCAAAAAACUUUAAAUUGCAUGCUUUGCAAAAAGGAGGAAAAUUAGCAGGCGGAAGAAACAACAAACAGAAUAAUGCAGGCAACAAGGGAAGGCAAAAUACGAUAAAAAAAGCAUAAUUAUUAAAGUAGGAGUAAUUUAAAAUAAAUGUUUAAAUUUUAACUUCAUUACUUUAGGAUUAAGUUUUUUAUGUUAUCAAAAUUUGUAAAGACUUACAUGAAUAAAAACUUUAUCUACUA